AUGAAGAUCCCAGAUUACAAGAAAAACUCAGAUAAGUAUUGCGACUAUCAUCGGGACAACGGGCAUAAUACCGAUGAAUGCUACCACUUGAAGAAGUUAAUAGAAAGGAUGGUCAAGGCUGGUGAUUUGAACCAGUAUGUUAAGGAUUUGAGGGAUCGGUUGGGUCCCAAAGAAGAUAAAGGGAAGGCGCCCGAAGAAGGUGAGAGGUACAGAGGUGAGGUCCGAACGAUUUUUGGGGGAACAAUUCUGGACCGAAGUAGCAAGACAGCUAAGAAGAAGUACGCCCGACAGGUCUACAACCUCUAUAGCAUCAACUCCACCAAACAGUCGUAUCCUAUAAUGUUCUCACAAGAAGAUUAUGAGGAUGUUAUGCUGCCGCACGAGGAUCCGUUGGUCAUUAAUCCCGUGAUCGGUCAAAAUAAGAUCUGGAAGGUCCUGGUUGAUGGGGGAAGUUCUGUUAACGUCCUCUACUACAACACCUACCAGAAGAUGAACCUAGAAGGCAAGCAGAUCGAUACCUGCUAUGAGGCACCUCUCUAUGGGUUCGGCAAUCAGCCCGUCCCGAUCGAAGGUACGAUCCACUUGCCCUUGUUGCUCGGUAAAUCCCCUUAUACUGUGGAAAAACAGGUCAAAUUCUAUGUGGUCAGAGUCGAGAGUCCUUUUAAUGCCAUCUUGGGGAGACUUGUUCUCACUGCUUUCGAAGCCAUUGCCUCUAUUCCCCAUCUCAAGUUGAAGUUCCCGACCGAGAAGGGAGUGGGGGAGAUGAGAGGUGAUCAGAAGGCCGCUCGGAUCAUUAUGCUGGAGGACUUGGAGAAAGACAAGGAUCUAGGCGGCGCCGAAGGAAACAAACGGCGCCGAACCGAAGAUGGUCCUGGGGGCAGCGGCCAUGCCCUACAUAUUGAGUUGGAAAAGUUUGGAAAUGAUCUUUCAAACCCGAUAGCCGAACCAGGCACUGAGACCGAAGAGGUGGAAUUAUACGCUGGGUGCUCGGGAAAAAUGGUUCGGAUCGGUAAAGACAUGGAACCAGGGUUGAAAGAAAAGGUGAUUGAUGUGGUCCGUCGGUACCAUGAUGUUUUUGCCUGGGGGCCCGAAGAUAUGCCGGGGUUGGAUGAGUCGAUCGCUCGGCACAGGCUAAAUGUUCAUCCACAGGCUGUGCCCGUUAAGCAGAAGAAGAGGAACUUCGCUGUGGAAAGGCAGAAGGUGAUUGAGGCCGAAGUGGAGAAGUUACUGGAGGCCAAGUUUAUUGAAGAAAUUGAGUAUCCUGAGUGGUUGGCGAAUGUGGUGGUGGUCAAAAAGUCAAACAACAAAUGGAGAAUGUGUGUCGAUUAUACCGACCUCAACAAAAAUUGCCCGAAGGAUCAUUACCCUCUGCCGAACAUUGAUCAGCUGAUAGAUGCCACCUCUGGCUAUCAAAUACUCAGCUUUUUGGACGCGUUUUUAGGCUAUCAUCAGAUUGCCAUGGAUGCCGAGGAUAUUCCUAAGACAGCAUUCAUCACCCCGAAGGGAACCUAUGCUUACAUCAAGAUGCCCUUCGGUCUGAAAAAUGCGGGGGCCACUUUUCAAAGGAUGGUGAACAAAGUCUUCGCCGAUCAGAUAGGCCGAAACAUGGAAUGCUACGUCGAUGAUAUGAUAGUAAAGUCCUUGUUUCGAGAUCACGCCGAUGACCUCAAGGAAUGCUUUGAGACCCUAAGAUGGAACAACAUGAAGAUCAACCCCGCCAAGUGCACCUUCGGGGUUUGUAGUGGCAAGUUCCUAGGGUAUAUGGUCAGUGCAAGGGGGAUCGAAGCGAAUCCUGAGAAGAUAAAGGCAGUGUUAGAAAUGGAAGCCCCGAAGACCAUUCGGGACAUUCAGAAGUUAACUGGGCGACUGGCAGCCCUCCGUAGGUUUAUCUCUCGGUCGGCGGAAAAGGCGCUCCCUUUCUUUGAAGUUUUGAAGGGAGCGAAGAAUUUUGAGUGGGGGCCGAACUGUAUAAAGGCAUUCGAAGAAAUAAAGGAAUAUCUGAUUAAAGCCCCCCUACUACUAAGGCCCGAUCCGAAAGAGACCCUCCAGCUGUACUUGGCAGUAAGUGACCGAACCCUUGGUGCGGUCUUAGUGAAGGAGCACGAGAAGAACCAACAUCCGGUCUUCUAUGUGUCUCAUAUGUUGAGGGAUGCCGAAACCCGAUACCCGAAUGCCGAGAAGUUCGCAUAUGGGCUGGUCAUGGCCUCCCGAAAAUUGCGACACUAUUUCCAAGGGCGAACGAUACAAGUGGUAACCGACCAACCUUUGAAGAAGAUCCUCAGCCGACCGGAGGCUUCGGGCAGAGUCGUCGCCUGGUGUGUAGAAUUGGGGGAGUAUGACUUAGAGUACGUUCCCCGAACAGCCAUCAAAGCCCAAGCCCUGGUUGACUUCAUGGUGGAGUGCAUUUUUUCAGGGCCGAAGGACUUGGAGCCGAAAGAACAGCUCAUCCGGACUCCAGGAAAGUGGAAGUUGUUUGUAGAUGGGUCGGUGGCCGAGUCUAAAUGUGGGGCUGGAUUGAUCCUCUCUAGUCCCGAUGGAUUUGAGAUUUGUCAAGCCAUCCGAUUCACUUUCCCUUUGACCAACAAUGAGGCCGAAUACGAAGCCCUCCUGGCAGGAAUGGGCCUAGCAAAAAAUCUGGAAGUAAGGCAUUUAAGGGCUUUCAGUGACUCCAUGCUGGUCGUCAAGCACUUUUCCGGGGAAUAUGAACAAAAAGAGCCCCGAACGAAGGCUUACGCCGCUAAGGUACGGGAACAAACUCAGUUUUUCGAAACAUUCCAAUUAAGCGCCAUCGGUCGGGAGGACAAUGGCCGAGCCGACGCUCUCUCUCGCUUAGCCUCGGCCGAAACACAAAAUUUGACGGGGUCCAUCUACUUUACGGAGGUUAAAAAGCCUUCGGUCGACAAGAAAGCUUGCUUGGAGAUUCAUCAAGGCAUAAAUUGGAUGACCCCCAUCAGAAUUUACUUAGAGAAGGGGUUCUUGCCCUUAGAGAAGAAGGAAGCCCAAAAAAUAAAAUACCGAGCAGCUAGCUACACACUGAUCGGGGGCCAACUCUUUAGGCGAUCAGUAUCUCGGCCCCUGCUCCGAUGCUUGGAUCCAGAAGAACAGCUUCUGGCCCUGGAGACAGUGCACGAGGGAAUCUGUGGCGAACACUUGGCCGGCCGAUCCCUAGCCCUAAAGAUACUCCGACAGGGUUUCUUCUGGCCAACCCUUAGAGAAGAUGCAGCCAACUAUUCAAAGAAAUGCCGACAGUGUCAAAUCCACAGCAAUGUUCCGAAGCAACCCCCAGAAGAAAUGACUUCGGUCCUCAGCCCAAUACCAUUCUCCAUGUGGGCCAUCGACAUAGUGGGAAUCCUACCGACCAGCACCCGGCAAGCCAAAUACUGCAUAGUGGCCAUUGACUACAUGACAAAGUGGGUCGAAGCCCGACCGCUCUCAGCUAUCACCGAACAGGCCGCCAAGAAAUUCUUCCUAGAGCAAAUAAUUGUGAGGUUCGGCAUACCGAUGGUGUGUGUAUCCGAUAAUGGCACUCAGUUUGUUGGGAGGAAGUUCAAAGAAUUCUUGGCCAGCUUCGGCAUUCAACAAAGGUUCAGCUCGGUCGGCCAUCCCCAAGGAAACGGGGCGAUCGAGGCAGCUAACAAGAUCAUCUUUCACGGAAUCAAGAAGCGCCUUGGAGAAGCUAAGGGACUGUGGGCCGAAGAGCUCCCUUGGGUCCUGUGGGCAUACCGAACCACUCCUCGCUCUUCGACAGGAGAAACGCCGUUUCGGUUGGCUUAUGGGACCGACUCGCUUGUUCCAGUUGAGGUUGGCCUGGAAUCUUACCGAACCCAGGUCUUCAACCCCGAUACCAAUGAAUAUGGCCUCCGAGGCAACCUGGAUCUCCUAGAAGAGGAAAGAGAAGCCGCCCAUAAGAGGAACGUCCGAUACCAACAGCAAGCAUCUCAAUAUUAUGACUCGAGUAUCCGAAAGCGUUCCUUCAGAGUUGGGGACAUGGUUCUCCGGGAUCUGGCAACUUCUAUGCCAACAAAGCAGGGCAAGCUUAUGCCGAACUGGGAAGGACCUUACACUGUAGUCGAGAUCGUUCGGCCGGGAACCUACAAACUAGCAGCUUCGGAUGGGAGCCCCAUUAAGAAUACUUGGCAUGCUUCCCAACUCCGAAAAUACUAUCAGUAA